CAGCUGUGCACAGGCCGGAAGAGACUUGCUGUCAAGGAGAGCAGGCGGCAAAUCAGCUCAGAAGGUGCUUUGCAGGUGCACGGCAUCGCCUUCAGGGGGACACGAUGUGGCCUUUUGCUUUCGAAAGGAUUUGCGUGAGAGCUCUUUUUGAAAUGGAAUGGUUUGUGGCGACCCCAGAGAUGACGUUACCUCCUGCUAUAACCUGGCAAGAUGGUGCGAGGCCGUCAAGUAGCUGCACAAAUAUUGCACGAUGUUGAGGGGGUGGGAUGGCGCGGGAGGCUGUUUCUGCACGGUGACGGGCUAGUGCUAGUCAGCUGAGUUGUCUGGAUUCAGGGGUAAUCCCUGUUGGCAGGAGAAUAGCGGGAACGGGCUCUGGAGAUCACUGAGUGGCUGGAUACGCAAGCCUUGGACGUAGGUUUUUAGCACUAGUGCAACGCAGCUGGGGAGAUCAUCUUGAUGAUCGGCCGGAGCUUCGGUCCUAUGUGAGGAAUCCAUGGGCCCUUCGUCGCAGAAGCCAUGGAGGAAGAAAGGGGCGGACGUUGAUUCCGACGAUGUUCAAGAGUUCUGGAAGGGCCUGUCCCUGGCGCAGCGGCGCGCGCUGCUGCGGGUGGACAAGGCCACGCUGUUCGAGACGGUGCGCAAGAACCUCUACUGCUGCAAGUGCCACGGCCUCCUCGUCGAGGGCUUCACGCAGCUCCUCCUCUACAACCGCACGCUGCAGAACGGGCAGUUUCUCAACGGGCCAGACGGAGAGUACCUUAUGAACUCCCCCACGGGGGCGGGGGGGUUUGUGUUUGGCGCAGGGGGCGCGGCGCGAAUGACAGAGGGAGGCGGGGUUGAGUUGGUGAACGGGCUGGAAGAGCAUUGUAAGGACCCGUUGGUUCACCCGUGGGGGGGGCUGACGGCGGCGAAGGACAGCGUGCUGACGAUUUUGGAUUGCUUUCUGAGGGGGGACGCGCCGACGGUGGUGUUUGAGAGCUCGCGGGUACGGGAGAGGGAACGGGAGUUGCUGUACCCGGAUGCGUGUGGGGGGUUCAAGGGGCAGGGGGGAAGCAAGGUGACGCUGUGGAGCCCUGGGAAGGAGCCAUCGCAGUGCGCACCACGGCACCACAACCCCAAGGAGAGCUGCGCGCUCCACAAGGCGAAGCUGAGCUGCGAGGCGCUUGUGGACUUUUGGGGAGCGCUGGGGGAGGAGACGCGGGCCAGCCUGCUGCGCAUGAAGGAGGAGGACUUUAUCGAGCGGCUCAUCAAGAGGUUCGAGUCGAAGCGUUUCUGCCGGGAUUGUCGGCGGAACGUUCUGAAGGAGUUCAAGGAGAUGAAGGAGCUGCGCAGGGCACGGCGGGAGACGCGCUGCAAUGCCUGGUUCUGCAUGGCCGACACUACGCUCGCGCACUAUGAGAUCACUGACUCCGGCGCGUAUGCAAGCUGGGCCGGCAGCUUCGGCGAGGACGCGCGCGAGGAGUACGCGCGCUUCCAAUGGGGCCUUGGGACGAGCGAAGGCAACGACGACCUGUUCCCGUUCGAGGACGUGGGAACCGCCGAUUCCGCGACCCUCGGAAAUUUAGACUUGGGCGAUUUCGUGAUGACGCCGUGUUGGCUGAGCGUGCGGGGCUGGAAGCGAGACGGGCGGUGCGUGGAGCUGUUUGCGAAGGCGUCACCGGUCACCAAGGGGGGCCCGUGCGUGCACCGGCGGCUGUGGGUUGGGGACGGGUACGUGGCGAUCAACAAGGGGGAGAGCAUCCAGCGGUUCUUUGAGAAGGCGGAGGAGGCCGACGAGGACUGGCUGCAAGAGGACGACGAGCUGAGCGAGAGUGGCGCAGACCUGUUAGACCCGGACGCGCCGCGGCAGCAGAAGCACGCCAAGAGCCCCGAGCUGGCGCGCGACUUUCUGCUGGACGCGGCGACGGUCAUCUUCAAGGAGCAGGUUGAGAAGGCGUUUCGGGAGGGGACAGCACGGCAAAACGCGCACUCCAUCUUUGUACACCUUUCGCUGAGCCUCCUAGAGGAGAAGCUCAAGGUGGCCUGUAGGGAGAUUGCGGCGCUCCGGAAGCAGGAUCUGCUGCUGUUGGAGGAGGAAGAGGAGAAGAAGGAAGAAGAGGAACGGCGGGAGCGCAAGCGGCUCAAGGACCGCGAGAAGAAGCAGCGCCGCAAGGGCAAGGACAGGGAACAGAAGGACAAGGAUAGCGAAUCUGUUACGGCGGAUGCACAGAGCGAAGAUGGGAAGGGCGGUGAUGACACCCCCCGGGGGGGUGAAGAAACGGGGGCGGAAGAACGGGGACCGGAAAAUGCAACCGGGGAGGAGACUGGGAGCCCCGAUGUGGAGAGGGACGGGGAGGCUGAGAUUUUGGAGGGGUUGACGGAUUUCGAAGAGAAGCCGGUUGCGGCGGAUGCGUCUUCCGGGGGCGUGGCGCACAGAGAAGGGGGAGAGUCUGGGAGGGGGGCAAAGGUCGAGGAAGUUGCGCCCCGAGGGGGGGUGCUUCUGCAGGGCAAGUCGGGGGGGGUGAUUUUGGACCGGCAGGUGAAUGCGGUGGGGAAGAAAGUGGCGGAUCUGGAGCUGGAGAAGCGCGGUGGGAUGGAGCACGUUGGCAAGGAGAACGGCCGGACAGCUGGCGCAAAGCUGCCGAAGGCAAAGUCGUCGGCGCCGAUCGUGAGCAGUUCCGGGACCGGGGGGGUGAAGAUCCUCGUGAGGUCGAUUCCGUCCGUUCUAGCGAGCACCAACACGAAAGCGGGGGCGGGGAAGACAGGGCCCAAGGGGGGAGGAAACGUUUCGGGGGGAAAGGGCACAGGUGUUGCGAAGGGCGCGUCGAGUGGUGCGCCGGCGACGGUUAAGGGAGGGACGACGGCUGGGGGGGGCGCUGCGAAAGGUGGACUGGGGGGAAAGAUAACGGCGCAGCGCAUUGUGGUGAGUGCGAAUGGGAUGAACGGUGUGGCCAACGGGGCAGCGCCAGGUGGCGCAAAGAUAGUGGCUGGUGGGCGGGGGGCAGGUGCGCCAACGCCCAUUCUGCGGAGUGUGGUGAAUGGCACGACGGGCGCGUUGCGAAGUGGGGUGAUUGGGUCUAGCGGAGUUAACGGGUCGACCCCAGUGGUUAAGAACGGGUCAACGGGGGCCGCUGUAUCGGUGGGGAGCGUCUUGCGGGCCGGCCCGCAAGUGAUAAGGGCGACGUCGCUCCCGGGGGGAGCGGUCAUCAGCAGUUUGAAUGGGGGCGGAGGAGGGGGAACGACGACGAUCGUAACGCAGGUUGCGCCGGGCGUCACCGUGGCGACAAAGCGGCCGAGCGUUAACCCGAGCGUUAACCCAGGACUUAAUCAUGCGGGUGCAAACGGAGGGGUAAAGCUGGGAGCCAAUCCGGGGGGAGCGAACGGGCCUGCCGCGAGUGCGGCGGAAGCACCGGCGAAAACGUUGAGCGGGCAAGUGUUGGGUAGUUUGAACGGGCCAGCGAACGUGAACGGGCAGGCGUCGACGGGUGUGAAUGGGCAGGCGUCAACAGGUGUGAAUGGGCGAGUUGUUGGGGCGGGUAGCCGGUUGACUACUUGGGCAUCUGGGAUUCGCAACCCCGCCCUGUUGAACAACAAGGUCAUCCGGGUAGGGGCAGGGCCGGGGGCUUCAGUGGCGGGAAAUGUUUUGCUGAGCAGGGCGAACAGCGCGAGCGCUGCCACGCUUGGGGGGUAUGGAGGCCAGGCAAAGAGCCCCCCCGGGACGGCGUCUGGGGUGGCAGCAGCGGCAGUGACGGGUGCCUCUCCAGGGGGGAGAGUUCAGCCUGUGCCCAGCCCCCCCGCAGUAGUGACGCCGUCGCAGGGGGGUCCGCUCUCUGGGCACAGCUCCCCGUGGCUGGCAAGCAGGUCGGGGGAGAGUGACGCGCAGGCCCCCACGGAGCCGGCACCGUUUGCAUUGGGGCACGCUAGUGUGACCGCGCCCUACCAAAUUGGGGGGUUGCUGAGCAAUUUCCAGAGGAGCAUGUCUGCAACUGAGGGCGCAUUGAGGGGCAGCCCCCCAGGGACGGCCGCCCUGGAGGGAGGAGAUCAGUUAGGCGCCGGCGUGCGUGCAGUUAUUGGAUCUCUUCCGUUAGAUAUGGACGGAGGCAUGCGGGCCGAGAGCGGGCGGGUGGGGGUUGCGUUUGGCCCGCGGAGCUUGGAACGAGACGGGGGGCAUUGCUCGCCGUCGCUGGGGCCACUCGCGGGGCAGCAGCCGUUUGCGAGCCAGGGCGUCAAAGGGUUGGGAGCUUCGGAUGGGAGGCCGUUGGGGAUUGGCGCGAAUGGGGUGAAGGGAGGGGCGAACGGGUUUGCCCCGCCGAGUGACGGCCACAUAUGGGGCCCGGACUUUUCGCUGUUCAGUUUUGCGGCGCCGUCGGAAAGCAGGGUCGGGGGUCGGGGGGAUGGUGGGAAGCGGGAGAACGAGGGGGGACAAGGGGAAUACAGCUUGUUUGCUUCGGCCGGGGGUGGGUUUGGAUUCUUCUAGAUUGGGGAAGCUUGGGUUUUGGUACGAAAGGGUCCUGGUUUUUCUGGAUUGAAGUGACGGGAUGCACUGGAUUUCUGCUGGUAUGGCUUCCUUUUGAUUGGAGCCAUGGCAAGGACUGCACUGCCCAUGUGUAUACAAGUGCAAGGAUUGACAUGCACUGCAAAGACCAGGUUUGGCGAAGGUUGAUAUCGAUGACUGUGCUCAAACAAAAGAGUUUGAGUUGUAAUUCGCUAUGCCUUGAUUAGUAAGGCAGGAGUUUUGUCUCGCACGGUUUAUUUCGAUCGUGCCACUAUAGUGGGAUCGAGCACAGAAGAGUCGAGCUUACAACGUUCUUCAGGAUAUUACAUGCAUGUAUCGGACGUGCAUAGCUCAGGCUUAUGUACUCGAAAAACUCAAUGAUGCUUAAAAGCCUGCACGCCGGGCCCGGC